CUGUGCAAUCCUCACCGCCACCCGAACGUAGGAAGAAUACUGGUGCUGCAUCACAACAAAUCCAGGGGAGGUUCUACCAUAAAACAUCCAUGACAAGUCAUAACGCGGCUAUCUGAAAGCCACUGGGUUGGAAUCAAGUGCGAUAGUUGGUCUCAGACCAUUCGGUUUUUUUGGCAUGGCCGUACUGGAAAGAUUUACAACUUGUUACAGAUCUUAGAUCUUCAACGUUACAGUGUUGUUGUCGAUGUUCCCACCAUUUCCAGCCCCACUCAGUAAUUUCGUUAGACCCUCGACCAGAGCAAAGGAACUUUGUGAAAACCAGAUCGCGGAAGUGGGAGCUAGGGUUUUGGGCCGUUCAUGUGUCUGGUUUUAGCCUCUAGGGUUUCCGUGGAACUCAAAUUGCUCUUAAGAUUAAACGCACCCCGUGAGAGUCAAAGAUAAAAAGGAAAGCAUGUACAGCGGCUCAAGCGAUGGCGAAGGUCACGAUGCACCGCAGAGGAAGAUACCGCCAGCAUCCUCCAUGACGUGGGUUCGAAACCUUCGUAGGUACAUUGGUUCUGGCGCCGGACUUGGCUCUGAAGCUCUGAUGGAGCUUGAAACAAAGAGGAUCUUGCUUGAAAUUUUCAAGGAGAAACAGCAGAAGAAUGCUGAAGCUGGAGCUAUCCCGAGCUUCUACAGAAAGAAACCUGAAGAGGGAUCUAUUAGUCAUAGGGUGCAAAGACUGGCAAAGUACCGUUUUCUCAAGAAACAAUCAGAUCUUUUGCUCAAUGCUGAUGAUCUAGAUGCUAUGUGGGUUUGCUUAAGAGAAAAUUGUGUGAUCGAUGAUGUCACUGGUGCUGAGAAGAUGAAUUAUGAAGAUUUUUGCCAUAUUGCCUCUGUAUGUACAGAGCAAAUAGGACCAAAAUGUCGUCGUUUUUUCAGCCCUUCAAAUUUUAUGAAGUUUGAGAAAGAUGAGUCUGGAAGAAUUGCUAUCCUGCCAUUUUACCUUUAUGUGAUGCGAACAGUUUCCCUCACUCAGGCAAGAAUUGAUAUGAGUGAGCUUGAUGAGGAUUCUGAUGGUUUCCUUCAAACUCAUGAAAUGGAGGCCUACAUUAGAGGCCUUAUUCCUAAUCUGGCACAACUUAGAGAUAUGCCUGCUGGCUUUGUUCAAAUGUACUGCCGCAUAGCUGCACGCAAAUUCUUUUUCUUUUGUGAUCCUCACAGGCGAGGUAAAGCAUGCAUAAAGAAGGUGCUUCUUAGUAACUGUCUCCAAGAACUAAUGGAACUGCAUCAGGAAAGUGAGGACGAAGUGACAGAUACUGAACAAGCUGAAAACUGGUUCUCGUUGACAUCUGCCCAACGAAUAUGUGACAUGUUUCUUGCUCUUGAUAAAGAUAUGAAUGGGACAUUGAGCAAGCAGGAGCUUCGAGAAUAUGCGGAUGGCACACUAACAGAAAUAUUCGUUGAAAGGGCUUUUGAUGAGCAUGUUCGACGUGGCAAAAGUGGUGGAGGCAAUGCUAGGGAGAUGGAUUUUGAAAGCUUCCUUGACUUUGUUUUGGCCCUAGAAAAUAAAGAUACACCAGAAGGAUUGUCAUAUUUGUUUCGGUGCCUUGAUCUCCAUGGAAGAGGAUACCUUACAACGGCUGAUAUACAUACGCUUUUCAGGGAUGUACACCAAAAAUGGAUUGAAGGGGGGAACUACGAGCUUUGUAUUGAAGACGUACGAGAUGAGAUCUGGGAUAUGGUGAAACCAGCAGAUCCACUCAGAAUAACAUUAGCUGAUCUCCUUGCGUGCAAACAAGGUGGGACUGUUGCAAGCAUGCUUAUAGAUGUCCGUGGCUUCUGGGCCCAUGAUAACAGAGAAAAUCUUCUCCAAGAAGAGGAAGAGCCUGAAGAAGAGUAACCAACCCGGCAAAGCUCACGAAUUGGUGCUUCUUUGUAGAGAUCAUUUGAUGUAGUUUUUAGAAAUCAGAUGUUCUGUUUACUGUAGCUACACUAAUGUGUUUGUUUAACAAUCAAAUGAUCAAAAGUGUAUAUUCUUGCCAUGAUUCUGGAAGGCUUGGAAACCUAGAACCCAUUUUUAAGAUGGUAAAUUAUGUUGUAUAACGAAUAUAAUCAUGCAUAUUCAAAUGGAUUAAUGGAAUGGAAUGAAAUGUGACCCAAA